GUGUGUUUUUGUGCGUACAGAUCUGCUCUCCUUUCUUCCACAGAGCUGUCGGGCAAAGUAGCUGCGCACGGCGUCCCCAUGCAGAGUGACACACAAUGCCGUGGUAGUUCUCCUGACUUCGUCGGUGGCUCAAGUCGGAGCGCGGGGCGCUCGGCACUUGUGACCGUGACCCUUGAGAGGCGCCCUCAUGGCCUUGCCUGGUUCGUCGUUGCAGGAAUACAACAGCGAGCCUGUACAUUGGUUCGAUAGCCUCCGCCAGCAGCGCGAACAGCUCAUCCAGCAGAUCCAGAGGGAAGAGGAGAGCAAGUGCGAAAUCCAGAAGCAGGUCAGUAUCCUGACCGACGCGCUGCGCAAGAUGAGCGAAGGUCUCGCGCGGAAGAAGCAGGUGCGCAGUGAGUACGAUAAAACAAUCCAAAAGACUGAGGCGGCUUACAUGCAGAUCCUUGGUUCUUCGGAGACCUUGCCGUGCGCGACGCAGAGCAAGACCGCCAGCCUCGCACGGGUCGACGUUGAAGGGGUGAUGGCGGGCGAACCGCCCCGAAAACGCCGUUGCGCCGUCGACCCGGGAGUGGCCAGGGUCAACCAGAUGCUGUGGGAGUCUGGUCCAGUCGCUCAGGAGAUGUUGGAGAGAGAGGCCGCUCACGCCGGAUUGCCCAUUGACGCGCUCUUUUACACAGGGUCGGGGUGAGCCACUUGGCCUAGAGUAUGCAUACAAGC